CAUUUUAAUCCAGUUCCAAACUACCAUCUAACACCCACGACUACGUGUAUAUUAAUCCAAACAGAUCUGUUCCCUGCAAAUUGCUACCAGUCAAUGCCCCAGUCGAAGAAAUUCUCCAGCUGAAACGAUGUUUUCAAACAAUUCCUCAUCUAGCCCCAAUUCCACCAUCGAUAUAAACCCGUUAAUGGGGGAGCAGGUGUUUCGCACGCGCCACCGCUUUCUGCGCAGUCCGCCGAGCCUCCGCAGUGCGGCUCGCUUCAUCCGGCGCGCCAGCAGCCGCACCCGCACGAUGCGCGAGACGUCUGUCCGCGUUCGCGAGGCUGCUGCCGAUCAACUCGAGGAGCGUCAAAGCGACUGGGCGUACUCUAAGCCUAUAGUACUACUGGACCUAAUAUGGAACCUAGCGUUUGUGAUUGUUUCGAUUUCUGUGUUGAUCAUGAGCAGGAAAGAGUCUCCGUCUAUGCCUAUAAGGCUAUGGAUUGUUGGCUAUGCUCUUCAGUGCGUGCUACACAUGGUGUGUGUGUGUGUGGAGUAUAAGAAGAGGUAUGUGCAGCGGAAUCUCGAAGGAAGCUCGAGGGAUGGGAUUAGGUACAGUCGGAAUUACUCUAAUUCUAGUUCCGGAAGUGAUGAUGGAGACGAUGAGGAAUAUGAUUCCGAGCAGCGGCAGGAUAACGAGGAAACUAGUGUCGUUAAACAGCUGGAGUCAGCAAAUACAAUGUUCUCAUUCAUUUGGUGGUUAAUUGGGUUCUAUUGGGUAUCUGCUGGUGGCCAAAGUUUGACUCAUGAUUCACCUCAACUUUACUGGCUUUGCAUUACAUUUCUGAUCUCACCUAUUAGCAGAAGAAAAAGUUGUUUUAUGAAGCGAAAUUCUAUUAUUGGGAUGAUCCAAAUUUAUAUAGGAGAGGGAUAUACCAGAUUAGAGGAUGAAAUGAAAUCGAUCCUUUCUAGGGGUCAUGUUUCGGUUCAUGGAGAACAUUUUGGCCCUACUAAAACAACAGCAAAGAUACUUCAUUGUGGUUUCUUUUGGCUUACAUUAUUCAAGGACUGCCAUAGUUUCUGUAGAUCAUGCGAUAAGUGUCAGAGAACAGAACUCACUGUGAAUUCAUCUCGAAAAGAUUGGUCCAAAAAAUUGGAAGAUGCCUUGUGGGCCUGUCGCAUCGCGUUGAAGACGCCCAUUGGAAUGUCACAAUACCAAAUAGUCUUUGGGAAAGUAUGCCACCUACCCGUUGAGAUCGAACACAAAGCAUACUUGUCACUGAAGCAGUUAAACAUGGAUCUAGGAAGGCUGGAGAAAUAA